AUGAGAUGCGACUCUCCAGCGCGACACAAUGACGAGACGCUGUUUUCUUAAAAUCGACUAGUAAUCGCGCCUGAAAUAAAAGAGAGAGUAACUGCCAUGCGGUACGCAGCGUCGUCGUCGUCAUCAUCAUCGAUGACGUCGGAAUGUUCCCGUCAUGAAACCUAGGUAGCACGGAAUUAUUCCUGUACGUCGUCAGCGUUCUCAACUGAUUAUGACACGGCCAAGUCGGUCGACUACAUCAAUAGGAGAAUUUUACGGAUGAAGCUGAAGAAGAACAUCGUGGACGAAGAAGAGGAGGGCGAAAAAGAGAAAGAAAGCAAGAAAGACGCUACUUAUCAGAUAUCAGACAGGCAAACGAGAACAUCCAGCGUCGAUAGAGCGAAGAGCACCUUUUCACAAUCACGCCGGUAGCCAACAAACUUGAACACGCCGUCGCUCGGCGCAUCCGAUGCUGAACGAGAAACGGCUCGAGGACAACACAGUGGCGGACGGGGAACGUAAUGGUAGCGCCGUGGUUACCGGCCCGGCGCUUUCAUCGUCGUCGCCGUCGUGCACAGUGCCCUACAUCGGCACCGACCAGGGCUACGUGUUCGAGGGUGGCGGUAUGACGACGUUGCAGCAGCCCGGUGCAGUCGGUCGCGGAGGUAUCGACUGCACCGGUGGCGGAGGAGGUCUCGGAUUCGGUAUGUCGACAGGGGGUUUGAGUAGUGGACUUAGUGGCGGGAUGGCAGUUGGUCCUGGUGGAACUACGGGGAUCGUAGGAAUGGGCAGUGGAGGAGGAGGAGGAGGGGUAAGUGGAGGAAACAUCAACAAGGAGGUUCGUUAUGCACCGUUCUCGUCAUCUGUGGGACCGAUUGGUACCGUGGUGCCGAUAAAUCUUCCAUCUCUACCGCCACCACCGCCACCGCCGCCGCCGCCGCCGCCGCCACCGCCGCCGCCGCCCCUGCCGCUGCAGAUGCAGCAGCAACGUGCCUUCUCGAGGUCGAUGACGUCCCUGCCGCCGGAGCCGUUUAUGAUCAUGCGUUCGAAGGCGUUGAAUCGACGUGUUUCGAUCAACGUCGGCGGCGUGAAACACGAAGUGCUCUGGCGCACCCUCGAACGAUUGCCGCACACGCGCCUAGGCCGGCUGCGAGAUUGCAAUACCCACGAGGCGAUCACCGAGCUCUGCGACGAUUAUUCCUUGAUUGAUAACGAGUACUUCUUCGACCGGCAUCCCAAGUCCUUCAGCUCGAUCCUCAACUUCUAUCGCACCGGCAAACUUCACUUGGUAGAUGAAAUGUGCGUAUUAGCAUUCAGCGAUGAUCUUGCAUAUUGGGGCGUCGAUGAGCUUUAUCUUGAGAGUUGUUGCCAACACAAGUAUCAUCAGCGCAAGGAGCAUGUGCACGAGGAAAUGCGCAAGGAAGCGGAAUCGCUCCGACAACGCGAAGAGGAAGAGUUCGGCGAGGGCAAAUGCGCCCAAUACCAAAAGUAUCUAUGGGAUCUUCUUGAGAAACCAACCACAUCCAUUGCUGCAAGGGUGAUAGCUGUGAUAUCAAUACUCUUUAUUGUGCUUUCGACGAUCGCACUAACUCUCAACACCAUUCCUAGUAUGCAAGUGAAUGAUGAGAAAGGGGUUCAAGACAAUCCACAGCUCGCUAUGGUGGAGGCCGUGUGCAUCUCGUGGUUCACCCUCGAGUACUUGCUUAGGUUCAGUGCCUCGCCGGACAAGUGGAAGUUCUUCAAGGGCGGUCUUAAUGUAAUCGAUCUUUUGGCGAUACUACCGUACUUCGUAUCUCUGUUCCUGGUCGAGACGAACAAGAAUGCGAACGACCAGUUCCAAGAUGUGCGCAGGGUAGUGCAGAUCUUUCGUAUAAUGCGGAUCUUAAGGAUCCUGAAGUUAGCCCGCCACUCAACCGGGUUGCAAAGCCUCGGCUUCACUCUACGUAAUUCGUACAAGGAGCUGGGCUUGCUGAUGCUCUUCCUGGCGAUGGGCGUCCUCAUAUUUUCGAGUCUCGCCUAUUUUGCCGAAAAAGAGGAGCCCGGGACCAAAUUCAUAAGCAUUCCAGAAACCUUCUGGUGGGCAGGCAUCACAAUGACCACCGUCGGAUACGGCGACAUCUACCCCACGACCCCGCUCGGCAAGGUGAUCGGCAGUGUGUGUUGUAUAUGUGGUGUCCUGGUAAUCGCGUUGCCCAUUCCCAUUAUCGUCAACAACUUCGCCGAAUUCUACAAGAACCAAAUGAGGCGGGAGAAGGCUAUCAAGAGGCGAGAAGCCCUCGAGAGAGCCAAGAGGGAGGGCAGCAUCGUGUCCUUUCAUCACAUCAACUUGAGGGAUGCCUUCGCCAAGAGCAUGGACCUCAUCGACGUCAUCGUCGAUACCGGCCAUAACAUGUCUGGAGUGGAUGGUAACAGUACGGAGGGAGAGUCCGCGUGUGGUCGAGGGCCUGCUCAGACUGGGCCUGGCUGUUAUCGCAACUAUGAGCACUACAGUCUGUCGCGCCAUCGACGCAGUGCAUCUAAUGCCUGUUUUCCGAACUUGCCCAACGACCUGCCCACGAUCACUACGCCUGAUAGUCCGAAUCGUCGACUUCUCGAUUAUGCUCAGAAUCUACCGGGUGCGCAGAACGACGAUUAUUUUCAGGAUGAAAUGCCGACGCAGCAUCCCAACCAAGGCAAUAUGACAUCUAGCGAUGAAGAAAAAAAAGACAGCAGAAAAUUCGAGAAAAUUGAUGAAUUACCUAGCGAAUUCGAGUGUUGCUUUUGUACCACGAAGGAGUACAAAGACUACAGAGACGCGGAGGACAUAAUGCCCCUUGCCACCAGCGACUUUCGUAACCCAGUGUGUCAGGAAAUGAGGUUCCUCAGGUUCAGCAGCGGCAGCGGCAGCGGCGGUGGUAGCGGCGGCGGAGGUGGAAGCGGUGCGGAGCAAUUUGGUUCAUUACUCGUGGAGCCGAGGACGUCUCCUAUUCGACCGCCGGAAAUGUUGAGCUUAGUGAGGAUAUAUAAUGAGCAAGGAAACUACGCCAAGAUGUACAAUGAGCAAGGGAGCGUUGACAGCUCUGAUACAUAUGCGAGUUGUCAGACGCAUCCAUCACAUUCACAGGGCGAUCUAACCGAGGAAAUGGACAGCAAUCUUUACGUGAAUCCUCUGGAGGCAACGGAAAAAUGCGGUCGUGUGAAAAAAUCCAUUUCCGGCGAAGUCGGCCGUAACAUCAUUUCCGAUGCGUCACCCAGCGUUGAAUCCUUGAAGGACAUCCGCCCUUUUAACGAAAUCAGUAAAAUCAACUUGAACGACACGAUACCCAAGCAUAGAAAAAUAAGGAUCCAACAAUGUGCAAAGUCUCGGACGCAAUUCAUUAGCGAUCAGGCGAACAUGAUGGAACGUGAUAUUCCCAAGAGUGAUUCUACGGAGAACAAUAACAAUUAUUACGAAGGAUUACGCGGUGGCAGACCAUCCCCGUUCGCGCCAAAUAGCUUGGUGUCCGCCACGCGUAUCAUCAAUCAUCACUUAUUCGGAUCCCCCGGUGAAUCGAAACAUUGCGCGGACACAAGCACCGAGAGUAAGCUUUCGCUAUCAAUGGACUCGGUAAACAGCGACAGUAUACCGUUCAUGGGCCGCCACCGCACGUCGAAAUCGAUCCUGAAAAAGUCCAAUAGUGGCAAUAAUUACUACAGCAAUACCGGUGAUUCGGAUACCGAGAAGCUGAUCACAGAUAGCGCGUCUACGACAAGCGUAUGCGACAACGAAAUGAGUGCAUGUGAUACUUUGGCUAACGUGAAUGGCACGCGCGCGAAAAACCGACCGACAUCACCGUUACUCUCGCGACAGGUCCUUGAGUCGAUAUUCCGCACUAAUAACAACACCGAUAGAACAUACACAAGUGAUGAGGUGGAUGAAAAGAACAGCGUCGUGAGAACGUCAAAGAUCCUAUUGGACGAUAUUGUUCAAGAAGAGAAACACUCUUUUGAUGAAGUAGCAGUGGAGAAACAGAAAUCGAAAAAUGUAGAGUCGGACAAGCAAUUGCGAAAGCCGCCGAAGAUACGCCUGCAAGAGGAAUACAAGGAGAGUCAGACUACGCUGAUACUACGUCCCUACAAAACGAAAAAGUCGAUAACUAUGACAAUGGAGGAAAAAAGAAAAGCCAACAAAUUGACUGGUCACGCUUGCGCAAUUUAUAAGACCACCGACACAAAUUGCCUCUCUCAAGAAUACCAUUUCUCAUCGUAAUGAUUUUUCCAAUUUAACAAUUAUUCGCUACAUUAGACGAUACAUGUAGUUAUCAUCACCUGUUACGUGUUUACACACGUUUGCUGUAUAACAAUUCGUCUGUGCCUGUCAAUUACAUUACGCUUAAUUGCACUAACAGUCCUGGUCAAUUAACGAUAUAACAAUGUAUAAUUUCGCUGUUUUUAUGCUAUUUUGUUUCUUUCUUCUUUCAUUAUACAAAGGUUUCAUCAUUUUAUAUUAUUGGUAAAAUUUAUUAAUAUAAAAAUAAACUCGAAGAAGACUCACUUUGGCAAUAACGUUAAUAUUCAUUCCGGUCAAAAUUAAGUUUUUACUUGUUCAUCAGGUGUCGUAAUCGUUCCGAUCGUUUUUUGAAAUUUAUUCGAAUGUCUACAAUUAAUAAAAAGAGACAAUUAAUAAAAAAUUACGGAAUUAUUUUGGAUGUGUUUUCGAAAAUUUAUAAUAUAACUACUCUGUAUUGUAAGCAAUAUGCUAUAUUUCUAAAACUUUUCAGUUGCAACUUUGCAACUAUACAAGGAAAUCACAUAGUAAUUUUAUUACGUGGUCGCAUGUGCGGGUUCCAUAAUGAAAUACAAAAAUAUAUAUUUGAAUUGAAAUUUGUUUUAACAAAAAGGGAGAAAAGGGAAGAAAAUUAUCUUUA